AGUUAGAGUUAGGGUUGUGCAAGUCUGUAUGGUGGGCAAGCGCGGGACUCUGGUUACAGAAGCCGCCGAGUACUGACAAGGACAGCCGAGCGUUGCCGAGGCGCCUAGACUUGCCGAGGGCUGCCGAGGACAGCUAAGCGUUGCCAAGAGCAGCCAAGCGCUGCCAAGGUGCCGAGCAUUGCAUAGGUCUGGCAAGGACUGCCGAGCGGCGCCGAGCGCUGCCGAAGACUGACAAGACAGCGGAGGGCCGCCGAGCGCCGCCGAGCCUUACAAAGGGCCGACUAGGAUAGACCGUAGCACGCCCGUGCCAUGGGUCCGGUGGUGGAGCGGCCGGCCGAGCGGUGCACGAGCAGCGCCGCGGAGCUGGAGCUGCUGAAGCAGCGCGCGGCCGAGCGCAUCGACGAGGCGGCCGAGCGCCUGGGCGCGCUGAGCCGCGCCAUCUGGAGCGCUCCCGAGCUGGCCUACGAAGAGCACCGCGCGCACGGCGAGCUCACGCGCUUCUUCGAGCGCGAGCCGCCGGCCGCCUCGUGGGCCGUGCAGCCGCACUUCGGGCUCCCCACCGCCUUCCGAGCCGAGUGGGCGCCUCCGGAGGCCGCGGCGGGGCCCCGCGCGCUGCUGCUAGCUUUCCUGUGCGAGUACGACGCGCUGCCAGCCCUGGGCCACGCCUGCGGCCACAACCUCAUCGCGGAGGUCGGAACGGCUGCGGCGCUCGGCCUGCGGGCUGCGCUGGAGAGCAUCGCUGCGCCGCCGCCGGUCAAGGUAAUUGUCCUGGGAACCCCUGCGGAAGAAGAAGGUGGUGGCAAAAUUGAUCUAAUCAAAGCAGGUGCUUUUGAAAACCUUGAUGUUGUUUUUAUGGCUCACCCGUCUCAAGAGAAUGCCGCCUACCUACCGGAUGUGGCCGAGCAUGACGUGACUGUGAAAUACUACGGAAAAGCAUCUCACGCUGCUGCUUACCCUUGGGAGGGGGUGAACGCCUUGGACGCCGCCGUUCUUGCCUAUAACAACCUCUCUGCGUUAAGACAGCAGAUGAAACCAACCUGGAGAGUUCAUGGUAUAAUUAAAAACGGCGGGGUCAAACCCAACAUCAUCCCCUCUUACUCUGAAUUACUCUAUUACUUCCGUGCGCCCUCAAUGAAAGAGCUCCACGUUCUGACCAAAAAGGCGGAAGAUUCCUUCAGAGCCGCGGCUUUGGCUACAGGCUGCACAGUAGAAAUUAAAAGCGAAGCCCACGAUUAUUACAACGUUAUUCCCAACAAGACACUGUGCAGCGCGUAUAUGGAAAAUGGGAAGAAGCUGGGAGUAGAGUUCAUUUCAGAAGAUGCAGUGCUGAACGGCCCUUCAGGCUCCACUGAUUUUGGAAAUGUCAGUUUUGUGGUUCCCGGGAUUCAUCCAUACUUUUACAUCGGGACUGAGGCCUUGAACCACACGGAAGAGUACACAGAAGCCGCAGGAUCACAGGCAGCUCAGUGGUACACUUUGCGCACAGCCAAGGCGCUGGCGAUGACUGCACUGGACGUCAUCUUUAAGCCUGAGUUACUGGAAGGAAUCAGAAAGGAGUUUAAAUCGAAACUUCAAGAAGAGCAGCUUUUAAAUACACCAGCAUAGAAGGAAGACUUCGGACCGCUCAGGAAACAUUGUUUUGUUUGUUUGGUUUUUACCUCCAUUGUUUUUCAGUGAAACAGAGCAGUCUUUGUGAGGACAGGAAAUAGCGAAGACACUGUGUCACCUCUAGAUUUAAUGGAGUCUCUGAUGCUUCAGGCACUGGUGUGCGAUACCAUCUGUUAAGCCAGAUGAUACCUGAUCUGUAACAUUUGGAAAUGUUUUGUAAAUGUAUCUGUUGUAUAGUGUUACAAGUCCCAAAGGUCCCAGAACUUAACACUCAUGAACUCUGUGGUUCAGAGUAGCGAAUGUCUUCUCAGGAGUAAACUUGGGGGGAAUUUAUUAAGUCUAACUGUAUCUGGGUCUAAAGAAAAACUUAUAAUAAAAAUACACUUUC